UCACGAGCAUCCAAACCAGACCGAGUCCCAAAGACUCGAAAUAUCGAACUCCAUUAAAUUCCCCAACUGUACCCUCCAAUUAUCUGUAUUUCUGUGCAAUUUGUGUCUCAAGUGCGGAUGAUAGCUUCCUGGGGCGAUCUAUCCUCCAGCGUCCCCAGUGCGAGGACAAGUGCUAUAACUCAUUGAGAGGAACAAUAGAAACUGUAAACUGUAAUUAUGGGAUUUUAUAGAGUGACGGUUCUGAUAGCUGUCCUAGCUGUUUUUUUAGUUAAUGGACAGAAGAAGAAAGAGGACGACAAGAAGGAGGAGGAGUUCAAGUGCCCAGAGGGACAGGGAAAUGGUAAUUUCGCUGAUCCUGCCACGUGUAGGAGAUUUUACCAGUGUGUAGAUGGAUACCCUUAUUUAAAUAGAUGUCCCUCAGGACUUCAUUUCGAUGACAUCAGUAAAUUCUGUACGUUUAAAAAUGAAGCACGAUGUGGUCCAAUACCAACCACUGAAGCACCUGCCACAGAAUCACCAGCAGACUUAGCUAAACGUUGUGACACAGCAAAUUGUGACUUACCCUAUUGUUUCUGCUCACGUGAUGGUACCAUAGUCCCUGGAGGAAUUCAUCCCGAAGACACACCCCAGAUGAUUCUCCUGACCUUCGAUGGUGCGAUAAAUCACAAUAACUUCGAUCAUUAUCAAAAAAUCUUCAACAAGGAUCGACUGAAUCCAAACAAUUGUCCAUUGAAAGGUACAUUCUUCAUCUCUCAUGAAUAUUGUAAUUACAACAUGGUGCAGAGCUUUGCUCAUGAUGGCCAUGAGAUCGCAACGGAAACAAUAUCAUUGCAAAAAGGUCUGGAAGACAAAGGCUACGAGGAGUGGGUGGGAGAGAUGAUAGGAAUGCGUGAGAUUCUCAAGCGUUUCUCCAACAUAAGCACGAAUGAAGUAUCGGGGAUGCGUGCCCCCUACCUAAAACCAGGAAGAAAUACCCAGUACAAAGUGAUCGAAGAUUUUGGAUACAUCUACGACAGUUCAGUUGGAAUAUCACCCCUGAAAAUUCCCAUCUGGCCGUACACACUGGACUACAAAAUCCCACAUGAGUGCAAGGCUGGCACCUGCCCCACCAAGUCCUUCCCAGGUGUCUGGGAGCUUCCCCUGAACGCCCAUUACGUCGAGAGUUACGAGGGGGGUCACUGUCCCUAUCUGGACCAGUGUGUUCUUCAUAAUCAUGACCCCGAGGAGGUGUUCGAGUGGCUCAAGGAGGAUUUCAACAGAUAUUACGAGCAAAAUCGAGCUCCCUACAUGAUGCCCUUCCACACUAAUUGGUUCCAGAUUAAGGAGCUGGAGAGAGGACUUGGAAAAUUCCUCGAUUGGGCUGUUACAUUACCUGACGUAUACUUCGUCACUGCAACCCAAGCCCUGACUUGGAUGACAGAUCCCAAACCUCUGAAGGCUCUCAAUAAUUACGAAGGAUGGGCAUGCAAACAAAAGGAGAAUAUUCCUGGGCCACCUUGCAAUAAUGCUAAUAAAUGCGCUCUUGAUUUCAAACCCGCAGAUGCCAAUUUCACUGCCACAAGGUACAUGGAGACGUGUACAGAAUGCCCAAACAAAUAUCCAUGGCUGGGGGAUGCUAAGGGAACAGGUCACGCCAACGACAUUUACACUCCCGAGCAGAGGAAAAAAUAGAAACAUCUCUAAAAAUCCAAAAAUCGAAAUUACAUUCAAUUGAACAGAUGAAUAAAUUCAAGAAUUUCAUUUACGCAUGAGAAAGAUCGAAAAAUAGAGUAUCAGUUGUUGAACAGAAUGCCUCCAGUGUGCCUCAGUCUCAUUCACGUUGUUCAUAAUUGUACGAAUGUCUAUUGAGUAAUAAAAUAUUGAA